AGCGGCCUUGAGAGACACCGCUUCAGCCCUGUGUUCAAACAGCUGCAGUGGGUGCGUUUGAUUUUUUUUUUUUUGCACUCGUUCCGGGGCGGCGCUGUGCUCCUUACGCCUUCUGUAAGUGAUGCGAGACCUGCCGGCUCCAUUCCUCACCCAACCCGAAAAGGAGGGCACCUGAUCAGCAUAUGACAUUCUCCGGGUCAUUGCCUGGAGCAAACGGGAGAGCUGCUCUGCCUACCUACGGAUAUCCGAUCGAGCCAGUAACAAUGCAUGGCCUGUAAGCAGCCAGUCAUGGCUCAUAGGAAGAGGCCGGGGACCAGCGGGGGAAACCGAAUGAGUGCUCCAGGGCCCGCCUCCUGUCCCACCCCUCGCCCUACGGAGUCAUGUGAUCUGAAAGCCCUCCCCCCUCGGCAACGCCCGGUUCGCUACCCAAAAGAGUCCAGUGAACCGAAACCCCUCCCCCGGUCCUGUAAGGCACAAUAUUCUUCUCCCAAGUCUCAAGCCCCGAGUUGCAAGCAUUCAGAAGUGGAUGUAAAUGCAGAUGUUGAAGUGAAGCUGUACAGCAACCAAGCAGAUGCAGGACCGGAGGUCCAGCGGCCGGCGACACCCACCACACCAGAACAUGAACGCGAGCAGGAUUACCGCGGCCGGGCAGACUUCCACGGUGCAGCUGACAGCCUGGAUGACGACUCCAGCUCGGACUACAUUAACAACACCUCAGAUGAAGAGGAAGACUAUGAUCAUGGGCUGGCAGAGGAAGAUGAAGGGGUAACUUACUACAUCCGCUACUGCCCAGAGGAUGACAGCUACCUGGAAGGGCUGGAUGGCAGCGGCCAGGCCGACUGUAAACACAAGCAGAGCCACAGCCAGGGGAGCUGUGUCACCAGCAUCCAGCCGGACGCAGCUCCUACUGACGAACGCCAGGAGGCCGAGGAGAGAGAGGGAGUAGGCGAGGUGGAGGUGAGGGAGGAAGAAUGGGUGGAGGGAGAGGGGGCAGUGGGGGAAGAGUGGAUAGGCGGCGAGGGAGAGGUAAGGGAAGAGUGGAGAGAGGGAGACGAGGGAGCGACAGACGAGAAGAAGUGGGCAGAGGGAGACGAGGAGGCGAGGGAGGAGUGGGCAGAGGGAGACGAGGAGGCGAGGGAGGAGUGGACAGAGGGAGGCCAGGCCAGGCAGGAGCAGUGGGUGGAGGCUGAGAGGCCCAGGGAGGAGGAGUGGACUGAAGGAGAGGGAGAGGUUCGCUGCGAGGUGGUGGAGCAGGAUCCAGAUGAGCAGAUAUACAACGGAAGACCAGAACCCAUCCUCGACCAUCACCACCAUCUCCACCACCAACCCUGCAUGCAAGACACCCUGCGCACCCGAGAGGAAGAGGGGGAGGCAGAGAGCGAGGAGUACUGCCACCACGAGGAAGAAGAUGAGGACGAUGGGGGUGGCGAGGAGCAGAGACAUGGAAGGGGCUACACCGGAGACUACUACGCCCCAGAGGACAAUGGCAACUCCGUGCGAGUCUCUCCAUACUGUAGCCGCAAGGUGCUGGUGGUCGAGGGGGAGACGGGGGAGGAGGCGGAGGAGGACAUUGAUCAAAUUGUUGCGGAGAUCAAGAUGAGCAUGAGCAUGGGGAGUCUCAGCAGUGGCACUGACCAAAGCCCAGAGGAGUUGUUGCAGGACCCCGCACCAAGUGACUACUCUCACCCGAAGCCGGAUGCAGCCCCUUACCCGCAAGCUCCCCAUCGCCAUGACAGCAGGCCCAAGUCCCUGAACCUGCCCUCCGUGCACCACAACACCCCGGACCUCAAGAGGGGCAUCAAGGCACAUGCGCGCUCGCCCGAGGACCGGCAGAGAUGGACACAGGAGCAGGUGAGCAACGGCGCGGAGCAGCCCAGGAAACCGCAGCGCUCCGACCUCAACGUUCCCCUGGAGAACAACAAUGUGCUGGAGCCAACAAAGAAGGUUGCAUCGUUCCCCAGCUUCGUCGACGUACCAGGACCCUGUGAGCCAGAAGACCUGAUUGAUGGAAUUAUCUUUGCUGCUAACUACCUGGGCUCCACACAGCUGCUGUCUGAGAGGAACCCCUCCAAGAACAUACGCAUGAUGCAGGCCCAGGAAGCGGUCAGCAGGGUCAAGAGGGUACAGAAGGCUGCCAAAAUCAAGAAAAAGGCGGGUGCGGAGGGAGACGCUCAAACCCUCACUGAGGUCGAUCUCUUCAUCUCCACCCAGAGGAUCAAAGUCCUCAACGCAGACUCGCAGGAAACGAUGAUGGACAACGCGCUGCGUACCAUUUCCUACAUCGCUGACAUUGGAAACAUCGUGGUGCUGAUGGCGAGACGCCGGAUGCCGCGCACGGCCUCCCAGGACUGUAUCGAAACCACGCCCGGGGCACCCGAGGCGAAGAAGCAGUACAAGAUGAUAUGCCAUGUGUUUGAGUCGGAAGAUGCCCAGCUUAUCGCUCAGUCCAUCGGGCAGGCGUUCAGCGUAGCUUACCAGGAGUUCCUGAGAGCCAAUGGCAUUAACCCCGAGGAUCUGAGUCAGAAGGAGUACAGCGAUAUCAUCAACACCCAGGAAAUGUACAAUGACGACCUCAUUCACUUCUCCAACUCUGAGAACUGCAAAGAGCUGCAGCUGGAGAAGAGCAAAGGGGAGAUCCUGGGCGUGGUGAUUGUGGAGUCCGGAUGGGGCUCCAUUCUACCCACGGUCAUUUUAGCCAACAUGAUGAACGGAGGGCCGGCGGCUCGCUCCGGCAAGCUCAGCAUCGGAGACCAGAUAAUGUCCAUCAACAACACCAGCCUGGUGGGGCUGCCACUCGCCACCUGUCAAGGAAUCAUUAAGGGCUUGAAGAACCAGGUUCAGGUGAAAAUGAACAUUGUCAGCUGCCCUCCUGUCACCACCGUCCUCAUCAAGAGACCAGAUCUAAAGUAUCAGCUGGGCUUCAGUGUCCAGAACGGCAUCAUCUGCAGUCUGAUGCGAGGAGGCAUUGCUGAGCGAGGUGGGGUCCGCGUGGGUCACCGGAUCAUAGAGAUCAAUGGGCAGAGUGUGGUGGCCACCGCGCACGAGAAGAUUGUCCAGGCUCUCUCGAACUCCGUUGGCGAGAUUCACAUGAAGACCAUGCCGGCGGCCAUGUUCAGACUGCUAACUGGACAGGAGACACCUUUGUACAUAUAAACGAUGGCCAGGGGCCGUUCCACAGGACGCGCGGCCCGCUGGGAUCGGUCGGUACCUUACGGGGGAAAAACAAAGCUGACCCUUGACUUGGGGGAGGACUGCUUGUCCCUGUCAAUGCAUAUCUCUUCUUUUUUUCUUUUUGUUUGAGAUGAAUACUUUAAUUCUUUAUCAUCUCUCCUUUGUCUGUACUUAACAUGCAACAGCCAUUUUAUUGACAUGAGAUGCUUUUUCCAUCUGACCAGCUGAAGAGACUGCGUGUGUGUGUGUGUGUGUGAGUGUGUAAUUUAUUUGUCCUGUCAGUGCUUUUCCGUGUCACUUCUGUGAGACCGCGUGGACAGACUUAUCAAUGCGUCAAUUUAUUUUUUAUACUCAUGUAAUGCAAUAUGAUACUUCUACUAUACGUCUUGUAUAGUUUCAUUUUCUUCUCUAUUUAUUUCUUGUGUAAAUACAUAUUUUGCUAAUAUUGCAGGUGAAGCUGGUGGUGGAUGGGCAGGAGCCACAUUUGCAUUGUAAAUAUUUAUUGGAUCUUGAUGUCGAGUUGAAGUGGUCUGUGACGAUGGCAAAGACACAACUAAACGCCUGAUAUCAUAGUUGCCAUUGAAUAAGUGAACGAGUUAAGUGUCUGAAAUGUUGGGUUUAAGAUAUGCUACGUUGAUAUAAUGUACAUGUGAAUCAAACCAAUGCUCGCCGCAGCGGUUUAUGGGAGAAACGCCAUAUCUUUUUGAUUUUCAUCAUUUUACGGCAAUACAAAAGUUCAAUCUCUGGA